UGUGAAGUUGAUACCUCCGCUGAAUUUGAAUCCUGCUUCCUGUCGGCGUCAAGUCCGCCCUUCUCUUCCUUUUGGCUUUCCUUUCUUCUCCGUUAUUCAGAUCGGAUAGCUGCCAGCGCCAGCGAUGGCGCUAGCUGACGAGAGGGCUGAGCCGUCUGACGGCGGAAAGAUUUGGAAGCUCUGCCGGAUUCCAUUCUGGCAGGCGGGCGCCUCCUCCUCGUCUUCCGCGGCGGCGGCGGUGAGUCACCGCCACAUCAGCCAUGGUCCCGACGCGCGGGCGGCAGAGAGAUCCGACACGCAGUACUCGACGACCUCCCGCGGCGGGGGCGGGAGAGGAUCGGUCUCGUCGGUGGCCAAAUCGCUGCUGCCCGUCCGGCGCUGCCUCCGUCUCGAUCCCUCGAGCAAGCUCUACUUCCCUUAUGAACCUGGGAAGCAAGUCAAGAGUGCAAUCAGGAUUAAAAAUACAAGCAAAUCACAUGUGGCAUUUAAGUUUCAAACCACCUCGCCAAAGAGCUGUUUCAUGCGCCCUCCUGGAGCAAUACUUUCUCCGGGCGAAAGUAUCGUUGCAACUGUUUUCAAGUUCGUGGAGCGUCCAGAGAACAGUGUAAAAGCACUAGAUCAGAAAACCAAGGUUAAGUUUAAGAUUGUAAGUUUGAAGGUCAAAGAGCAAAUGGAGUAUGUGCCUGAAUUGUUCGAUGAGCAGAAAGAUCAGGUCUAUGUGGAGCAAAUCCUAAGGGUUGUAUUCUUGAAUCCUGAGCGUCCAAGCACUCAAUUGGAUAAAUUGAAACGACUGCUAGCCGAGGCUGAUGCUACAGUUGAGGCUCGAAAGAAACAGCCUGAAGAUACUGGACCAAAAAUUCUGGGUGAAGGGCUUGUUAUUGAUGAAUGGAAAGAGCGCAGGGAAAGGUAUCUAGUUCGACAACAGAUUGAAUUGGUUGAUUCUAUAUAGCGCAGUAUUUUGGUCGUCCACAUCAAUUCAGUAGUCAAUGACGCCUGGACAGACAUUUACUUUGCUCCAACUCCACUUCCCAGCCUGUCGGAGAGUAGAUGCUUGUGAUUGCUGUACUCAAAUAAGGUUCUUCCUGCUUGUAGUUAGAUUCUGCUGAUGAAAUAAACAAGUAAAAUUUCAGCUUUACUUCAAUGUAUAAUUACUUAAGAAAUUCUAGCGAGUGCUUCAUGAAUAUCAAUAGAUCAGUGAGUUGGUUCGAAGUGACAGAAAUCUACAAAGUGGGUUACAAUUGCAGCUUCAUGUUGUUUCGUGUUGUGGUAAUCUGGAAUUGAGUUAUUUUCACAA